AGUUGUUAGGUUCUCAUUUUUCUUUUAUGUCUCAAAACCUUCCAUGGUGCCAGGGCUGAUUUCCUGGGCUAAGAAACUGAAGAUCUCUUUGGAGCAUUUCUGAGCUCCCAGGAAUUCUCGGGUUAUCACCAGUGCUUCCUGUGUUCAGCACAGCCUUCUUUGAUGGGUAGAGGGUGAAUGAAUGUAUGGGAAAGGCUCAGUAACCUAUUCCUGUCACUCUCUAGAAACAAGGAGCUAAAAGACCCACCUUUUACGUGGCAAAACUAAGGACAGGGUCACACUGUGAUUAAAUGGCAUCAGAAAUCACCUAUGCUGAGGUGAAGUUCAAAAAUGAAUCGCCAGCUCCAGUGGUCAAAGGACCUCCUGAGACAAAGAAGCCUGAGCAACAUCCCCAGAAAUACCCACUCUGGCUGCCAUGGUUGAUCUCACUGCUGCUUCUCUUGGUGUGCAUUGCCCUUGUUGUUGUCCUCCUUGUGCUUCCCUUCUGCCACAGCAGUGACCAGCCCUCAGCCCUGCAGCAGCAGGAGUUCUCUGAGCAGUUCUCGGAGUGGGAGUGCAGCUCAGCGGUGCCACAAGGCACAGACCGAGGCUGGAUGUGCUGCCCAAAGGGCUGGAGAAGGUUUCAAGGGAGCUGCUAUUUCCUGUCCACUGAUGAGAUGAACUGUGCUGAGAGUGCACGGAACUGCACUGGGAUGGGCUCCCAGCUGGUGGUGAUCACCAGCAGUGCAGAGCAGGUAUUCCUCACUGAGCAUGGAACUCAGCCUGCGAAAAUAAUUAAUUUCUACAUUGGUCUGUUUGAGGUUGAUGUCGACCAGUGGCAGUGGGUGGACAAGACUCCCUACAAUGAGACAGCAGCGUUCUGGCGAGUCGGGGAACCAAGUCCAGGCCAUACUGAGAACUGCACUGUAAUGCAUUUGUCUAAAGGGAACUUCAACAACUGGAAUGAUGUCAAACCAGAUACAAGGCACUAUCGAAUUUGUGAAGCUGCAGCAGUAACUGUGUGAUGGAAAUGCCCCUGACUUGAGUAAAGCUGGAAGAUCAGCAGGGAGCUGGGAACAGCUCUGGCUGUGCUGGGAAGGGUGGGGAGCUCUGACACAUCUUCACUGUGUGGGGUGGGACCACGUGUGUGGAAGUGAAAUGAGCUUUGUCCAGCAUCCCCAGUGCAUGUGCUGGCUCAGGGAACACAGGGAGGCUCAGGCUCUUUGGAGCAGCUCCUGUGUUCUUGAGUCCUCUUCUCUCUGUGUGGUUCCAGCAGCCUCUGGCUGAAAAGAGAUGAAGUUCUCCGGGAGGAAGACAGAAGAAUGGAAGAGACAUAUCCCGGGAUUCAAUGUCCUCUGUCUCCUUGAGCAGAACUGUUUGCUUUUUGUUGAGUCACACAAAAAAUAUCCUCUAGCUGUACUGAUUUUGCUGAACAAAUUCUGAAAUCUUAGACAAGAGAAAAUACAAUAUCAGACAAAUGAACAAAUUCUCUGUACCCUG